AUCUGUUCGGGGCGCAGCGUCCGAACUCUGCGUCCGACACUGGCAGACCGGCCCAACUGACUCCUGAGCGGCGCCCGAGAGCGCUCGACUGCGCGAUCACGCUCUAAAGCCUGCAAUUGGAGAUGGCCGGUACCACGGCGGGCGGCAAGAGCAGGCUGCCGGCGCUGGGGCAGGGCGCUGGGUAUCGGGCGGCCGCCCAGCGGGAGGGCCAGGCGCCGCAAGAUGGCGACUGCGGCCUCUUCUGCCUGAGGCCGCGCUGGAUGCGCCCGCUAGCCAACAGGCUCACGUACCUGCUGGUGUACUGCUCCUGUGGACUGGUGCAAGGAAUGUGGUACACCUACUUUGUGUCCAUCCUUACCACAGUAGAGAAAACCUUCAAAUUUCCCAGCAGCACAACAGGCAUCGUGCUGGCCGGAAACGACCUGGCGCAGAUCUUCUUCGCCGUGUUCAUCUCGUACUACGGCGGCCGCGGCCACCGUCCUCGCUGGGUUGGCGCCGGCAUGCUGCUGAACGCCAUCGGCUGCCUGCUGUCGGUGCUGCCGCAGUUCGUCUGGGGCCCUGACCCGGCCGACGUGGCGGCCGCCAUGGCCGGCGCCGCCUCCACCAACGCUUCAGACACCAAGGAAUUCGAGUCGGGUCUGUGUCACUUGCCGGAGCUGAGUACGGCGGCGCCUGCCACUGGUGCGCUGCAGCAGUGCGACGCCACCGACGUCUCGCUGGUGCCGGUCGUGCUGCUGUUCCUCUCGCAGUUCGUCUCGGGCGUCGGAGCCACCGCCUACUACACGCUCGGACUCACAUAUCUGGACGACAGCGUCGACAAGAAGCAGUCGCCCGUCAUGUUCGCCAUAUCUGCCGGUCUGCGCGUCAUGGGCCCCAUGCUGGGCUUCUUGCUGGGCUCGUUUUCGCUCAGCCGGUUCGUCAUCCCCGGCCUGCAUCCCGCAAUAUCGCAGAAGGACCCGCGCUGGAUCGGCGCCUGGUGGCUCGGAUUCUUUGUGCUGGCCGGUCUUUUAACGGCCGUGUCGGGUCUGAUGUGCCUGUUUCCCAAGACAUUAACAGUUCACGCGAAAGAUCCCGAGCCGGAGGUCAAGGAUGACAUCAUGAUGGACAAGAUGAUGGGCAGCAUGGACGAGAUGCACACCGGAACCAGACCAUCGGAGAAGCUGCCAGACUAUGAAGGCUUGAAGGCAGCCCUGGUGCGUCUGUUCCGGAACCCGCUGCUGAUGGUCUUACUGGUCAACGUGGUGUUCGCCAUCAUCGGCUUCAUCGGCUACUUCACUUUCAUGCCCAAGUACCAGCAGGCAGCCUUCAAACAGAGCGCCUCCAAGGCCAGUCUGUUCUCAGGCUUAUCUGGCGUGCUGGUGACCCUGUUCGGCUACAUCGGCUCGGGCGUGGUGAUCAAGCUGGUACAGCCGCGCGCCGUGUUCGUCACCGGCUACAGCGCCUUGGUCAGCGGCAUACAGACGGCCUGCAUGUUCGCCCUGAUGGCCAUACGCUGCGACGAGGCGCCCAUGCACAGCGCCACCGGCCUCGACGGACAGUUCAUGCUGACCGCCGGCUGUAACGCCGACUGCGGCUGCGACUCCAACAUGAUGAGUCCGGUGUGCUCGCAGGACGGCAUGGCCAGCUUCUUCUCGCCCUGCUUCGCGGGGUGUCAGUCAGUCAGUUCGGUCAACGGGUCCAUGGUGUACGGCAACUGCAGCUGCAUAGUGGACGUCGAGGGCAACAGUCCUCAGGAGGGCGGCGGAAUCAUGGCGUUCGCAGCCAGCGCCACCAGCGGCCUCUGCGAGCUGCCAUGCUCCAACUUUGUCGUCUACAUGGUCAUCCUCGGGGUCAUGAAGUUCGUGGGUUCUACAAACAGGACCGGGAGCAUGCUCGUGUUCUUUCGGGCGGUGGACGACAAGGACAAGUCGCUGGCGAUCGGAAUGGCCACGGCGCUUAUGUCCGUGUUCGCCUUCAUCCCGGCGCCGAUCAUCUUCGGCGCCGUCGUCGACCAGACGUGCCUCGUCUGGGAGGAGAAGCCGUGCGGCGGCCACGGCAACUGCCUCUUCUACGACACGGACAAGCUGCGCGUCUACCUGCACACGGCCGUCAUCAUUCCAUUCGCAAUCAGCUUCGUUCUGGACAUGGCCGUCAUAUACUUGAGCAGAAACAUCAAGCUUUACGGCGACGACGAAAAGAAGCCGGGUUCGGCACCGAACGGGGGCAUGGAUAUACCGAUGUAGGACAGUGAGCGAAGACAGUGACCCGUCAGGUGUCGCCUGCCAGACCGGUCCGUCUCGUGCGGAGUGUCGACAAGCCCAAUCCCCACCCAAGACGUUCAGUCAACGAGUGCAGAAGGCAGGACGCGUGCCAUCAGUGGGUUGGCCGGGUCCAGAGUAAGCAGCGAACAAGCUAGUCACCUCAGCUUCGGAAGGAAGCUCAGAAGCUCGGCCAUGCGGCGGCAGGCUCGCCACCCGUUCAGUACAGAGUGGUGACGCAUCUCGUUAUAUAUCCGUGCGGCGUAUGACGUUGCGCGUGCCUGGGCGCCCGUGCGCUCCUGUUCAGAAUGACCAACGCGGCAGACCGAGGACGUGUGCACGGGACAGAUGGGCAGGUGAAGAGUAGCGAACCUAGCGGCGGAGUUAGCCGUCUCCAGUGGCUGUCGUGGCGAGCUGGCGGCAACGGAGUAAUACCGAACCCAUGAUGCAAUCCCACUAGCGAACACGUACAGAUAACGUAGGGCGGUUUGUCUGUAACGACGUCGAGCGCGUUUGAUAUUCAUGUCCGUGCUCAUCCAGUUGAUUGUGCAAUGUAUUGAUUAUGCUACUGCUACCGAUGUCAUAUAUCUGAAUAAAAUCGAGGACGUGUCCGCA